CGCUGAGAACUGGCGAAUCGCAGCGCUGCGCGUCCGAAACCCUCAUUUGCAUGCGGCCUCUAUAAAUAUCCUGGCGUCGCGGAGUGCCCCGCCGGGCUGGCGCGGCGCUUGUCUACUUGUUAGGGGUUAUCCCUGGUGGCUCUUGGCGCCAUGCCGGAGCCGGCCAAGUCCGCUCCGGCUCCCAAGAAGGGCUCCAAAAAGGCUGUCACCAAAGCCCAGAAGAAGGACGGCAAGAAGCGCAAGCGCAGCCGCAAGGAGAGCUACUCCAUCUAUGUGUACAAGGUGCUGAAGCAGGUGCACCCCGACACGGGCAUCUCGUCCAAGGCCAUGGGCAUCACGAACUCCUUCGUCAAUGACAUCUUCGAGCGCAUCGCUGGCGAGGCGUCUCGCCUGGCACACUACAACAAGCGCUCGACCAUCACGUCCCGCGAGAUCCAGACGGCCGUGCGCCUGCUGCUGCCGGGCGAGCUGGCCAAGCACGCCGUGUCGGAGGGCACCAAGGCGGUCACCAAGUACACCAGCUCCAAGUGAGUGCCGUUCGUACUUGGCGCUCCCCGGCCACGCUUUGCAAAGGCUCUUUUCAGAGCCACCCACCUCGUCAAGAGAAAGAGGCUGUCCUCAUGCCGCCUGGGGGACGUCUUUAGGUGCACAAGCCGUGUGGCCUGUCUUUCCCCAUCCGGCCAGUAAAGCUACAGCCCCUCCUA